AAAGUGGCCGCCGCCGCCGCCGGCCCAGCGCCCGCAGCCGCCUCAGCACCGCCGCCAUCUUGGGGUCCCAGGAGCCGCCGAGGGAGCGGGCUAGGAGCGUCCACGCUCAACGCAGUCACCGUCCUACGGUCUCAGAGAGCGAACCGCGGCUCCACCGUCGGCGGGGCGACCCCCCCCUCCGGACCCCGCCCGCACCCCGCCCCCCCUCCGCCGCCGCCGCGGCGGCGGGGCCCGGCGGCCCGAGCCGUGUAGUCGGAAACCCUUGUGCAUGAAGACAGAUUUGUUCUAUGGCCUCAGAGUUGGGUGCCGGGGACGAUGGCGGCUGCACUGAGCUGGCAAAGCCCCUCUACCUUCAGUACCUGGAGAGGGCCCUCCGGCUGGACCAUUUCUUGCGACAAACAUCAGCCAUCUUCAACAGGAAUAUUUCUAGUGAUGAAAGUGAAGAUGGACUGGAUGACAAUAAUCCUUUAUUGCCCCAAUCUGGGGAUCCCUUAAUACAAGUUAAGGAAGAACCUCCAAAUUCUUUUCUUGGUGAAUCUUCUGGAGCAAGCAAUUCUGGAAUGUUAAACACAUACUCACUGAAUGGAGUUCUACAGUCAGAAUCAAAAUCUGACAAAGGAAAUUUAUAUAACUUCUCUAAGUUGAAGAAAAGCAGAAAGUGGCUAAAGAGCAUUCUGCUAAGUGAUGAGUCCAGUGAGGCAGAUUCUCAAAGUGAAGAUAAUGAGGAAGAAGAGGAAGAAGAGGAAGAAGAGGAGGAAGAAGAACUCAAUCUCAGCAGAGAAGAACUUCAUAACAUGUUGCGGCUGCACAAAUAUAAGAAACUUCACCAGAAUAAAUACAGUAAAGACAAGGAGUUGCAGCAAUACCAGUACUACAGUGCAGGCCUGCUCUCCACAUAUGACCCUUUCUAUGAGCAACAACGUCACCUGCUUGGACCCAAAAAAAAGAAAUUUAAGGAAGAAAAGAAACUUAAAGCCAAGUUGAAAAAAGUGAAGAAAAAAAGGCGAAGGGAUGAAGAACUUUCCUCUGAAGAAUCCCCUCGUCGCCACCACCAGACCAAAGUCUUUGCCAAGUUCUCUCAUGAUGCACCUCCUCCUGGCAUCAAGAAGAAGCACUUAUCCAUUGAGCAGCUUAAUGCUCGUCGCAGGAAAGUAUGGCUCAGCAUUGUGAAAAAGGAACUACCAAAGGCCAACAAGCAGAAAGCUUCAGCUCGUAACCUGUUUCUCACCAAUAGCCGAAAGCUCGCCCACCAGUGCAUGAAGGAGGUGCGUCGAGCUGCCUUGCAGGCCCAGAAGAACUGUAAGGAGACCUUGCCUCGUGCCCGCCGCCUUACCAAGGAGAUGCUUCUGUACUGGAAAAAGUACGAGAAGGUAGAAAAGGAGCAUCGUAAGCGUGCUGAGAAGGAAGCCUUAGAGCAGCGGAAGUUGGAUGAGGAAAUGCGGGAGGCCAAGAGGCAACAGCGAAAACUGAACUUCCUAAUCACCCAGACAGAGUUGUAUGCCCACUUUAUGAGUCGCAAACGAGACAUGGGUCAUGAUGGGAUCCAGGAAGAAAUCCUAAGGAAACUAGAAGACAGUUCUACCCAGAGACAGAUUGACAUUGGUGGAGGGGUGGUAGUUAACAUCACACAGGAGGAUUAUGAUAGUAACCAUUUCAAAGCCCAAGCCCUGAAGAAUGCUGAAAAUGCUUACCAUAUUCAUCAAGCUCGGACAAGGUCAUUUGAUGAAGAUGCAAAAGAAAGUCGAGCAGCUGCCCUGCGGGCAGCAAACAAAUCUGGCAGUGGGUUUGGAGAGAGCUACAGCCUGGCAAACCCAUCUAUCCGGGCCGGUGAGGAUAUUCCACAGCCCACAAUUUUUAAUGGCAAAUUAAAAGGUUAUCAGCUGAAAGGCAUGAAUUGGUUGGCAAAUCUCUACGAACAGGGUAUUAAUGGUAUUCUUGCAGACGAAAUGGGCCUUGGUAAAACGGUACAGAGCAUUGCCCUUCUGGCUCAUCUGGCUGAGAGAGAGAACAUUUGGGGACCUUUCUUAAUAAUUUCACCUGCUUCCACACUUAAUAAUUGGCAUCAGGAGUUUACUAGAUUUGUUCCUAAAUUCAAGGUGCUACCAUAUUGGGGAAAUCCUCAUGAUAGAAAAGUUAUAAGGAGGUUCUGGAGUCAGAAGACACUUUACACUCAGGAUGCCCCCUUCCACGUGGUUAUCACCAGCUAUCAGCUGGUGGUGCAGGAUGUAAAGUAUUUCCAGCGGGUCAAGUGGCAGUACAUGGUAUUGGACGAGGCUCAGGCGCUCAAGAGUAGUUCCAGUGUUCGUUGGAAGAUUCUCUUGCAGUUCCAGUGUCGGAAUCGGCUUUUGCUAACUGGGACCCCCAUUCAGAACACCAUGGCAGAGCUCUGGGCUCUGCUGCAUUUCAUUAUGCCAACAUUAUUUGAUUCACAUGAGGAAUUUAAUGAAUGGUUUUCCAAGGACAUUGAGAGCCAUGCCGAAAACAAAUCCGCCAUUGAUGAGAAUCAACUCUCUCGCUUACACAUGAUUUUGAAGCCAUUUAUGCUGAGGAGAAUCAAGAAAGAUGUAGAAAAUGAAUUGUCUGACAAGAUUGAGAUUCUAAUGUAUUGCCAACUGACCAGUCGACAAAAGUUGCUGUAUCAGGCACUAAAGAACAAAAUUUCCAUUGAGGAUUUAUUGCAGUCUUCUAUGGGCUCUACCCAGCAAGCACAGACCACCACCAGCAGCCUCAUGAAUCUGGUUAUGCAGUUUAGGAAGGUGUGUAAUCACCCAGAGUUAUUUGAACGACAAGAAACUUGGUCUCCAUUUCAUAUUUCCCUAAAGCCAUACCAGAUUUCAAAGUUUAUCUACCAUCAUGGACAGAUCAGGGUCUUUAACCAUUCACGAGACAGGUGGUUAAGGGUUCUUCUUUCUCCAUUUGCACCGGACUAUAUCCAACAGUCUCUCUUUCACAGAAAAGGUGUUAAUGAAGAAAGCUGUUUUUCUUUCCUUCGCUUUAUUGACGUAUCUCCAGCAGAAAUGGCAAACCUCAUGCUUCAGGGACUUUUGGCCAGAUGGUUAGCUCUUUUCCUGUCUCUGAAAGCCUCCUACAGGCUCCAUCAGCUGCGCUCCUGGGGAGAGCCAGAAGGAGAGAGCCAGCAGAGAUAUCUGAGAAACAAGGAUUUCCUUCUGGGGGUGAAUUUUCCACUCUCCUUUCCCAACCUUUGCAGCUGCCCUUUGUUAAAGUUUCUGGUUUUCAGCAGCCACUGUAAAGCAGUGAGUGGCUACUCAGACCAGGUCAUCCAUCAGCGGAGAUCAGCUACCUCCUCGCUUCGCUGCUGCCUGCUCACUGAGCUGCCAUCUUUUUUGUGUGUGGCCAGUCCACGAGUCACCGCAGUGCCAUUGGAUUCUUACUGCAAUGACCGAAGUGCAGAGUAUGAGCGGCGAGUGCUGAAGGAAGGAGGGAGUCUGGCAGCCAAGCAGUGUUUGUUGAAUGGGGCCCCUGAACUGGCGGCAGACUGGCUAAAUCGACAAUCCCAGUUCUUCCCGGAGCCAGCUGGAGGACUGUGGAGCAUCAGGCCUCAGAAUGGCUGGUCUUUCAUCAGGAUUCCAGGCAAGGAGAGCCUCAUCACUGACAGUGGAAAGCUGUAUGCCCUUGAUGUCCUGCUGACUCGGCUCAAGUCUCAAGGACAUAGGGUCCUUAUCUACUCCCAGAUGACCAGGAUGAUAGACCUACUGGAGGAAUAUAGUUACAGAAAGCAUACCUACAUGAGGCUUGAUGGCUCAUCGAAGAUCUCAGAGAGGCGGGACAUGGUUGCUGAUUUUCAGAACAGGAAUGACAUCUUCGUGUUCCUGCUGAGCACACGUGCUGGUGGACUGGGGAUCAAUCUCACUGCUGCAGAUACAGUGAUUUUUUAUGAUAGCGACUGGAACCCCACUGUGGACCAGCAGGCCAUGGACAGAGCCCACCGCCUGGGGCAGACAAAGCAGGUUACCGUGUACCGGCUCAUCUGUAAAGGCACCAUUGAAGAACGCAUCUUACAGAGAGCCAAGGAGAAGAGUGAGGUAAAGCGAAUGGUGAUUUCUGGUGGGAACUUCAAACCAGAUACCUUGAAACCCAAAGAGGUGGUUAGUCUCCUUCUAGAUGAUGAAGAAUUGGAAAAGAAAUUAAGAUUGCGGCAAGAAGAGAAACGGCAGCAGGAAGAAACUAAUCGAGUCAAAGAGCGCAAGCGCAAGCGGGAAAAAUGCAGAGAAGUGAAGGUCAGCUUCUUCCCCUUACCCACACUUGUAUUGGACCUCAUGUCCAACCAUACGACCUUGAUGAAGAAAAAGGAAGAUGAAUUGGAUGGAAAGCGGAGAAAGGAGGGUGUGAAUUUGGUGAUCCCAUUUGUCCCCUCGGCUGAUAACUCCAACCUCUCAGCUGAUGGGGACGACUCCUUCAUUAGCGUGGACUCAGCCAUGCCCAGCCCUUUCAGUGAGAUUUCCAUCAGCAGUGAGCUGCACACUGGCUCCAUUCCCCCUGACGAGAGCAGCAGUGACAUGCUGGUCAUCGUGGAUGACCCAGCCUCUUCAGCACCUCAGUCUCGAGCCACCAACUCUCCCGCUUCCAUAACAGGCUCUGUCUCAGACACAGUGAACGGAAUUUCGAUUCAGGAAAUGCCAGCUGCAGGACGUGGUCACUCAGCCCGAAGCCGAGGCCGCCCUAAGGGUUCAGGAAGCACAGCCAAAGGAACAGGGAAGGGCCGAAGCAGAAAGUCCACCGCGGGCAGUGCUGCCGCAAUGGCAGGAGCCAAAGCGGGGGCUGCGGCAGCCUCUGCGGCCGCCUAUGCAGCAUACGGGUACAACGUGUCUAAAGGAAUCUCUGCCAGCAGUCCUCUGCAGACAUCUAUGGUUCGGCCUGCUGGCCUUGCUGACUUUGGACCUUCAAGCGCCUCUUCUCCCUUGAGUUCUCCUUUGAGCAAAGGAAAUAAUGUUCCUGGGACUCCCAAGAGCCUCCACUUGACCAGCAGCCUAGCCCCAGACUCCCUGGUCCGGAAACAGGGCAAAGGCACCAACCCAUCUGGAGGACAGUAACCACCUGGGCCCUCCAACUUCCUUCAGCCAAACCACAUGCUAGAGUUCUGGCCUGCAAAUGGUCUUUGGAUGGCUUGCCCAGUGCGCAUCUCACAGGUCAGAGGGCAGAGAUGACCAGUUGCAGCAAGUGAAGGACAGGCAGGGUGGUUAGUGUGAGCACUUUUAUCACCUGUGUCUCAAGAGGAGUGCUCAGGGGUUGCCUGUUGGAAGAGGCCCAAGGACAGGGAUCAACCCUGUAGCAUCUCAGAUGAACUUUAGAGCCACGUCUUAACCUCAUACUGAGGAAGGACCAUCCACAGACCGCCCCCUGUGGAUGCUCAGGCACGCUCUCCAUCCCAUUCCGCUCUUCAGCUCUGGUCAUGUCCCUUGCAAAGGCUCCACAAGUGCUAUGAAGAGCCUUCCACAGUGGAAACUUCUUUCAGGGCUGGGAUUUCCUAUAGGGCUAGGAAGGGAGGAAAUCAUGUAUCUGGCAUCCCCAGUCUUUGGGCAUCUCCCCAGGUCUCCAAAUGCCAUUCAUCAGAUGGUCACGGCUAAAGAGAGCAAUGAGUACAAAACAAAGGUAGUGGCUUGUGAGGGCAACUGACGGCUAGAGGAAGCAUGCCUGGAGGCAGUUGUUUUCCUAGCAUUUCCUUCCCUGUCCUGCAUGGUUCACACCAGAGAACCUCCAGGUUCCACCAGCAACAGUAGCAGCAGCUCCCACCUUGGGACUCCCAGAAGCCAGUAAAGAGACCAGGAGCCACCUCAAUCAGCAGGACAUCCUCACUGCCCCUCUUACGGACUCCCCUUGCCCUUCCUGAAUGCACAGUCUCCCCACCCUUGCCCUUCAGCCCCCGCUUGGCUGUAUGCACUGUCUGUAUUGCACUGAGAAAGGAAGGGACAGCAGGAGUGAGGAGGAGAGGAUGGAGAGAGGGCAAGCUCGGCAACCGACCCUCCAGCCUGGGGCCACCUGAGGCCGCUUCCCUCCAAGAGAGGCAAAGGGGUGGUGUGGCGAGGGAGGCGUUUCUGCCUGCCCCCAGCCUGAAUGUUCCUGGUGGAGCAGGUGCUUCCGGGCGAGCCAGCCUCUAAUUUGCACACCUGAAAAUCGCGGAAUUGAGUUUAGAUAGAUUGAUUUUUAAAACUUUUUUGGAGUAGGGGUGGUAGGGGAAUCAUUUAAUUUAAAUCAUUAAGAUUCCCUCUGCCCAAACCCAGACUCCUGUGUACAGAAGCUAUUAGAGGGAAUCAGAAAAAUGCCAAGCCUUUUUUCUCUUUGAAUGGUGCUGUCUAUUUUUAUAACUGAACUUGUACAUAUGUAUAAAGAGAGACACAUCUUUCUUUUACUAACUGGAGAAAAAAAUCUUAAAUAAAAUGGAGUGAGAUAAUUUUAUGUAAA